GUGGUUUGUGACGUGUUGCCUUGGCAGAGCAGGAAAACGCACCUGACAGGAGGGCAGGUCUCAUGCAGCCUGUCACACCUUUCUGUUCCAGGCUGUUCAGCUCUUCCACUAAUUAUUAGACAGUUGGAAGAAUCACAUCAUGGAGGUCAAACGGCUCGUUCUCGGCGUCGUGCUCGUGGCCUUAAUGUUUACAGGAAGCAACGCACAGUUAGACGUUUGUGGCACGGCGCCGCUCAACUCCAGAAUCGUAGGGGGUCAGGAUGCUCCGGCGGGGUCGUGGCCCUGGCAGGCCAGUCUGCACAAGGACAACAGCCAUUUCUGCGGAGGCUCCCUGAUCAACAACGAGUGGGUCCUGACCGCUGCUCACUGCUUUUCCAGCACCAGCACGGUCAACCUGGUCGUUUACAUCGGACGUGACACCCAACAACUCAGCAACCCUAACGAGGUGUCCCGGACUGUGUUCCGGAUCAUCAACCAUCCGGACUAUAACAGCAACACGUUCGACAACGACAUCUCCCUGCUGCAGCUGUCCUCACCCGUUGAGUUCAGCAGCUACAUCAGGCCGGUGUGUCUGGCGGCGUCCGGCAGCGUCUUCGAGGCCGGGACAAUGUGCUGGGUCACCGGAUGGGGGACGAUCCGAUUUCAGGUUUCCCUUCCUUUCCCGCAGAGGCUGCAGGAGGUGAGUCUUCCCAUCGUGUCCAACACCGAGUGUAACAAAGCGUACGGAACGAUCACGAGCAACAUGAUGUGUGCCGGUGUGGAUGAGGGAGGAAAGGACUCCUGCCAGGGGGAUUCAGGCGGCCCGUUGGUGGGUAAAAUCGACAAUAAAUGGGUCCAGGGUGGAGUGGUGAGUUUUGGAAAAGGCUGCGCUGAGGCCGGUUUCCCCGGGGUCUACGCCCGGGUGUCCGAGUAUCAGUCCUGGAUCAGCAGCCACAUCACCAGCAACCGGCCGGGCUUCGUCGCCUUCCGCAGCUCAGCCUCUGGACUCGCCCAGCUGUGUCCCCUCUCAGUCCCUCUGCUGCUGUCCGUUUUUCGGAUCGUCUUCUCUCUCUUUGUGCUCUCAUAGGAGGCUGAAUGAUGACUGAACCGCGGCAGAGUCAGUGUCACCGUCUUAUGAAGUCAUAUUUAAAUUCAUUUAUCUUUGAAACAAGCAGCCUGCUCUGCAGUGAAACUGUCCCACCUGUUUCCACUGCAGUUUCUUGUGUUUAAGGAGUUUUACAGAAAGACUCCACAAGAGAGAAACGGACAUAUUUUUUUUAUGAUUCUCUUGAUUUUGUAUUUAAAAUGGCAGAAAAUAGAGAAAUUCUAUCCGGUCAGACGUCCUGCAUGCAUCAUAAUAAACUUUGUAGCAUCUUUCCUUUCUUCUGUUUUUCUGCCUAACUUGAAGGAUUAAUUAUGUCAUACAACGCAGAUUGCCGAAUUUAUUACGUGGUUGUAAUAAAACACUGAUAGAUUUUGGCUGAAAAGUAAUCAAAUAAUUAGUCUUUAUUCAAAUCUUCUCUCUUUCUGCAGAUUUUAGUUUUCUUUAUUUACAAAUAUGAAACGUUUGCACUGAUGCUGAAGCAGCUUUAACCUGUGAUGACCUGGUGAUGUGGCAGGAGCAGUGGGAUCUUCUCUAUGUGUUUAUAUGGACUUAAUUACCUCUUUAAUCUGAAACUAAUUAAUCACUGGAACUAUGAACUAUGAACUCCAGCAACUGUGAUUUAAUUCUCAAGCAUAGCGCACAUGAAGUACAAAUAAAAUUUACAAUUCUAUACAUUUGCAUGAUUUAAGUGUCUUGAGCUUCAAUAUGACUAACAACAACUGAACACUAUUACUGAUUGCAGGUGUGCAUAAUAAGGUCACAUUGUACAGGUGUUCCUAUUUGUUUGGUAUCUUAUUGGAAGUAAAUCCUUUUUAACAUCAACAAAUGCAACCUGUAUAUCUGUGCUUUUGACUGUGUCGUGUUAAAUAAAUGCUUUUUCUUAA